UCAUUUAUUUAUUAUUAUUACUUUGAAUUGUCAUGGAAACAAACUACAUUCUCUACAGGGAUUCUGUUUGCCAAUGGAGACUCAUGGAAAGAGAUGAGGCGCUUUGCCAUGACAAACCUUAGAGACUUUGGGAUGGGCAAGAAAGGGAGUGAGGAGAAAAUUUUAGAGGAAAUCCCCUACCUGAUUGAAGUGUUGGAAAAACAUGAGGGUAAGGCAUUUGACACCACCCAGCCUGUGCUUUAUGCCGUCUCCAACAUAAUCUCGGCCAUUGUCUACGGCAGCAGGUUUGAAUACACUGACCCACAAUUCAAAGGCAUGGCGUACAGGGCCAAGGAGAAUGUUUACCUUUCAGGUUCUGCAUCAAUUCAGGUAGUCUGCUUAUUCAGACCAUUUUGUUUUCACUGUAUUUUUUAAAUGUCUGCAAUCAAUAAAACUAGGAAACAGA